UGUUUCCCGUUGCCCCCGGCCGUCCAACCGUCCAUCCUCCCCAGGAGUGGGGGCGAGCCUGGAGGCGUGGGCCCCUCGCCCCGUGCCCACCGGCCGUCGGGGGGGGCCGCCCCCCGGUGCCCCCCGCAUGGCGACCCGCUGGUUCCGCGACCUCCCGCAGCACCUGAAGACGGUGUCGGAGCGGGCCCGGCCCGGGGGCGGCGGGGGAGGGGGCCCGGCCGGGGGCGGGGGGGGCGGCGGCACCGGCCCGGGGAAACUGAGGAAGAGCUGGGAGCCGGCCGGGCCCCCCCCGGGCCCCCGCGACGGGCGGCGCCGCAAGGACUCGAGGGCCGCCCCCGAGGAAGACCCGCAGCCCCCCGGCCCGGGGGGCGGCUCCUACAUCAACCGGCUCAUCAAGCUGGACGCCCCCGACAGGAACGCCAGGGGGUCCGGACAGCCGUCCUCCUCGCCCCCCUCCUCCUCCUCCUCCUCUUCCUCCUCCUCCUCCUCCUCCUCCUCCUCCUCUUCCACCGCCGCCCCCUCCCAGGGAUCCGAGCCGGACAAGGGCGUCAGACCCCAGGACACGGUGUCCAUCGUGGAAGACUACGCCGAUCCGUACGACGCCCAGCGCACUAGGAGCCCGAGGGAGGCCGACAGAGAGGGCGAGAACGACGGCUACAUGGAGCCCUAUGAUGCCCAGCAGCUCAUUACAGAAAUCCGGCGGAGAGGAUCCAAGGACCCGCUGGUCAAGGUGGCCCAGCUGCUAGAAGGCCCCUGCGAGGCGGGGGACAGUGGGUGUGGGCGCCCGGAGCCCGGGCCCAAGCGGCGGGGGUCCCGGGACGUGCUGGGGAAGACCCCCCAGCUGUACGACACCCCCUACGAACCGGCCGGGGGCUGCGGGGGGCCGGGGGGUCCCGAGGCCCCGGGGGUCGCGGGGCUGGAGCGAAGGCCUCGCCUGCCCGAGAACGACGAGCGUCCGGCGGCCGAGUACGAGCAGCCCUGGGAGUGGAAGAAGGAGCAGAUCGUGAAAGCCCUGUCCGCUCAGUUCGAGGGCCCCGAGAGGCCGGGGCCGGUCAAGGAGGAGGGCAACGCACAGCAAAACCACCGGCAGAAGAGCUGGACCCAGAAGAUCCUCAAGACCAGUGGCACCACCGACCACGGCGACGGGGGGAGAGUGGACCCGGCCGUCUCACUGGAGAAACAACCGUGGUAUCACGGGUCGAUCUCCCGGGCGGAGGCGGAGAGCCGGCUCCAGCCGGGCAAGGAGGCCGGUUACCUGGUGAGGAACAGCGAGUCCGGCAACAGCAAGUUUUCCAUUGCGCUCAAGACGCCUCAGGGCUGCGCGCACAUCAUCGUGGCCCAGACGAAAGAUGGCAAAUACACGUUGGACCAGACCAGCGCCGUGUUCGGGAGCAUCCCUGAGGUGGUACACUAUUAUUCCAACGAAAAGCUGCCCUUCAAGGAAGCCGGGCACCUAACCCUCCUCUACCCGGUGCCCUGCAAGAUGCACUAGCCCCCGGGCGACCCCCUCCUUCCCCCCACCACCCUCAGGGCCUCCUUGGCCGGCCCGCUCCUCUUUUACAACAGGCUUGCAGGCCCGUCUGCUCGCCCAAGCCUACUCGCCCAGGCCGAGUGUCGAGGGAAGGGGAGAGACGCCCAUUCCUCGCCCGUUCCUCGCUCUUCCCGUCCCUCGUGGCGCCCGGGCCCGGCCAGAGGGUCUUCCCCGGAUCCUCCCCGGGGAUCUCAUCAGCCGGGGAGGGGUCUCUCCGGCCUCCUCAGGCCGUGAUCACUCUGGUCCAGGGAGGACUUGGGAGAAAGCCCCUUCCCCAGCCCACCCCGGGGGGAACUGGUCCAGGGGAAGGGGGUGCCUCGCCCCUUGGCACGUGGCGGACUUGGGGGCCACCAAGCGACCCCAGCCUCAUUUUCAACCUUUUCCUGCACUUAACGCUCCCUGCUAAGAGGAGCUGGUCAUCGGGAUUCCUCUCCCCCUCCUCCCAACCCCGUUCCCCUUUUCCACCAGCCCCUUCUACGGCCGGGACCCCCUUAGAGCGCCCCGCUUCUCCCGACCCUCCAGAACCCGAAUUUCCAGCUCUCUGCUUUCCUUCACACCUCCGGGCCUUGCCCCUCCCGCUUUCCCCUCCCUCCUAGGAGGGUGGUCUCCCCUCCUCGGUGGCUGCUUUCACCCUCCGAGUCUCCAAGGACCCUCCACCCUUAAGUGGUCGCCCCCCACCCACCUUCCCCCCGCGGCUGGGAACCCCCGGCCUCGACAGUGCCUGCCGCCCGGCUCUAUCGUAAAGCCACUGUGCCCAGGAACACGCUGGCAUCUGGAUAUCACGCGGUUGGGUCCAUCUUUGGCCUCCUUCCCUGCCUUCGCCCCCGUUUUAGCCACCAGUCACUGGGCCAACCCCCGCUCUGUCGCUGCUUCUAACCACUCAGGCCUCUUCCCCCGGGGAGAUGGCAGUCACUUCCAAAGCCGGGGGGGUUUUAAUGUCCCUCCCCUCCCCUCCUGGACCCUCAAAACCCACAUACGUUUUUAAAGAAUGUAUCCUAACGCGCGGCCGCUCUCUUCCUGUUCAAAAUAUUUAUGUUCCACCCCAGAGAAAUGGUUUAUAAAAGUUUCUGGCUGGACCGAGGCCCCACCUCCUCCUUCUCCUCCUCCUCCUCGACGCCCAUAACCCCGAAGUGUAACUUAAAUAAAAAUC